AUGCGGCGGCUACCAGAUCAACCGUCAAAACAUGAGGUUCGUAGGUAUGCCGGGCUGACCGCGCGCGAAUGGGAUGACGUAUUUGUUGCCAUAAUAACCAAAGAAGCGAGGAGGCUCAGAGAACAAGACCCUGACAUACUAUGGAGGGCUCUCGAUCAAGAGACAAAGAACGCGAUCGUGAACAAUGUCAACCAGAAGUUAGCCGAAAAGAAUAUUCGACCAGUGAGCUUGGAAGUCGUAGGGAAACGUCUCGGUCUGUCGUUAACUCGCAUGAAGCAUGAAGGCAUGUCUCGCAAGAAGGCUUUGGCUGCGAAACAGAAGGCACCUACUAAUACUGCUGCCGUUGCUACUGGCACGCCUGCCCAACGAGCCCGGCCUUAUGACCCUGUGCGAGACCUAUAG